CCUGCUCUUUUCAGGCCAAAUCUACAGUCAAAAAGGAGUCUGGACAGACAAAGAAGUGUCCCCCUGACUCUCAAAACACAGAGCGAGGGAGAACUGGUCCAAAUUGCUAGAUUUCAAUGGACUGUCCACCCGAAACCGCUUUUUCAUCCCCAAGGGUUACUCUCUAACAGGUUCCCUAAAGAGGGAAGCAAGCCCCCUUCCCGAAUUUCAACAGGCUCCACUUCUUCAUCGAAAUGUAUAGGAAAGCAGCUGCAACAGCUAAUGUCAGCCAAGAGGCAGCUCCGGUGCAGCCACUGCUUCAAGGGCUCCUCCCACAGCCACCAGCUGAAGAUGCAUGAGACGGUGCACACCGGAGAGAAACCAUUUCAAUGCGUCUACUGUGGGAAGUACUUCACCCAGUCCGGCAACAUGAAGAAGCACCUCCUCGUCCACACUGGUGGCAGGUCACCUGACGUUGGGCUGCCCUGAGUGUUCCAGGGUGAAGUUUCCCCAAGGCACAGAUCUAGGAUAUGCUUCCUCUCUCCCAAUCCUAACCUUGACUGGUUGUGGAAAAUAAAAUAAUAACUGACCUAAGAUCAGCAUCUAGGGGCAAAUUCACACAUCUCCGCUUGGCGUAAUAAUAGGCACGUGGUGUGAAAAAACUCCUGGCCCUGGUUGUAAGGGAAAAAACUCCACACUUCUCAUAUAAAAACUGGGUCCAUGUGUUAACAGUUUGGAAGGUUUCCACAUUGAACAUGACCCUCUGUGUGUAGUGGUUGAGUUUUCAGUUCAACUGGCUUGAUGCUUGGUCCGAAGUGGAUUGAUAAUGUAUAAGUUAUUACAGGUGAAGAUUUUAAACAUCCUUAUUAUUUGUAUUGGUGCAGUGGUGAACCAAAGUACAGUAAUACAAUUUAAAAAUCAUGAAAAAUCAUGAAAUGUUUACACGAAAUAGCAUGUUUCUUUCGUAGGUACAACAUUGUUGUAGCACUCCUGUACGGUAGGUGGCGGUGUUAAACUUUAAAUGAUACAGCCCAGCAUAUGAUUACAUUACUGUGACGAGGAAAAUAAAGCUAGCUACAAACAAACGCUAUCUGUCGAUGUUUAGCUUCUGAUAUGAUUGUAUUUGUUUUACUAGAUUGCUAGAUAACUAUAUAUCGUCAUAAUAUACAAAACAUAAAGACUGUUUUCAUAUUGAAAAGGGACCAAAAGCGUCGGGGGACAAUGUCGGGUUCCGUGGUCGAGUUCCAGGCGCAGAUAGCCUCAAUCAUGGAGGUGCUUGCCAACGCGGCUGUAGCCGAAAUCUGCAAAGUUGUUGACGAUGGCUAUGCUGUUGUACACCUGGAGAUGUCCCAAAGCCACAAGGAGAAUGAAUUUCUCCGGAGAAAUAUGAAAUUGAUGGAACUUCAGAUCGCGAGGUUUCGGGCUGAGAGAAAGUUUUCAGAGGGGUCCGUCCACAAUCGCUUCCAUGGAAUACGCCUCCUAAACAGACACAACCAUCGAGAGACUGCAACGACAGGACCUACUUGGCAAAGCAGAAACAGACUUUCCAACAAGAGUUUUGGGAACAGCAGCAUACCAAGAGACAGACAGCCCAUAGACGUGGACCAAGACGAUGUCUCUCCAUCAAAGCAUAUGGAUGCUAUAAGUGAUGAGCAGUCAGCAGAGACAGAGGAAGGGGAACCAGACCUGCUGAUCAUCAAGGUGGAGGGAGAAGCAGAUGACCAGGACUCUAGGAUCAGCCACCCAGCUAGAACAGUGGAGGGCAGCAGAGAACUAACCACCCAACCGGCUGCAGCCACCACAGAGGACCCCGCCUUCCAGCUCAGUGGCCCCAGAGGCAACAACAGCAUCCACACUGCUAUGGAGGCCAAAUCUACUGUGGAAGGGGAGAGAGACCUCCAGCCAUGGAAGAAAGAAGAGGGUCUGAGGGAGAUCCCAGGCACUGAUAGUGGCCACAGAAUGACAGACCCAAACACACCGACCUCUCUAGACACGGACCAAACAGAGCUCACUGAGCAGCUCAGAACCAAACAGAGCAUAGUGACUGUCAACAGAUCAGACGAUGUUUUCAAGUCAGACCCAGAGCCUGAGAGCCUGAGCCAGGUGUUCCAACUCACAGGUCCAGGACCUGUUGCUAAACAGCAGCGCAGCCUAAACCGCGAGAGACCAACCGAUCUGCCUGUAAACUCCCGUAAGCGAAGAGGCAGUGAUAUAGCGAAUGAUCGGCCGUCUUGUUCUAGUUAUGCUGCCGAGACAGUCUUAGAAAGCCCCUCGCCUCUCAAAAAGGUGAACCCUAUUCCCCCACUUCCUCAGAUGGUGAGGGGUGAACAGGAGAAUUCUCAGGGCAGUUCAGAGGUCAAGUCUGAGGUCAUAGUUAUUGACCCCCUCCAUGUUGACGAGGGGGAAUAUGGGGAUGGCACGCCCUCGUCCUGGAGACAAGGUGACAUCAUGGAACCCAGGCGUCAUCAAGGAGGGCAUAGUGAAGCAGAUGCCAUGCUUCUUGGAGGACAUUCGAGUAACACUUAUCAUCUUCAUCAUCCUCACCGAGGUGUCCAGCCAGCAGCGAGACAGAACUCAUCUGACAAUCACUUCUACACCAUCGGCUUGGACGGCGCAUUCAACAACCGCCUCGGCACCUUUCAGAACCCCGCAACCACCGCCACUGCUCCAUUGGACGAGGGAACCGGGGAGCUGCAGUACCACCUGGGUGGAUUUCCCUGGGAGCGCCCCCGACACCCACCUCGGCGACGGGACUGGGACUCAUCAGGACAGAGGGGAGAGGGAGAAGUCCUACAGGUGCACCUUCUGUGGGAGGGAGUACCCUCACCUGUGCCAGCUCAAGAUGCACCAGAGGGUUCACACGGGGGGAGAAACCGUACGAGUGCGCCCUGUGUGGGAAGCAGUUCAGCCAGCUGUGCGGCCUGAAGCGGCACCAAAGAGUACACACAGGGGAGAAACCUUUCAGAUGCGCUCAAUGCGGAAAACAGUUCUCUCAUUCCAGCAACCUGAAAGUGCAUCAGAGUGUCCAUACAGGGGAAAAACGUUUCCACUGCACCCAGUGUGGAAAAAACUUCUCCU